GCCUCGUGCUUUGCCUAGUUAAUGGUUGACUGAGUUGACUCCACAUUUACACGGGUUCAGUAUCGUCAAGUAUCGUGAAAGGACGCGGAAUUUGUUUAUAAUUCGUUAUUGUGCUUUGUGGAGACAAUGGAAACGAUUCUGGAGCAACAACGACGUUAUCACGAGGAGAGAGAACGUCUCGUUGAUGCAAUGGUCAAAGAAAUGCUGCAUAAAAAACCUGGUCAUCGAGAAAAUAUAAACUCCGAACAUCGGCUCAAAAUGUUGCUCGAUCAGUUUAUGGACAGCACAGCACAUUUGCAAGAUUUAUACGAAGAUAAAGAUGGACAGAGGAAGGAAGAGGUACAAGCACUGUCCGGUCCAAACGAGUUUUCUGAAUUUUACUCUCGUCUCAAAUCCAUCAAAGAAUUUUAUCGUCGGCAUCCCAAUGAGAUAAGUGUUCCAAUGUCAGUAGAAUUUGAGGAAUUGGCGAAGAUGCGAGAGAAUCCAACGGAGGAAUUGGCCAAUUUGGUUGAGUUUACGGACGAAGAGGGUUAUGGAAAGUACUUGGAUCUUCACGAGUGUUACGAAAAAUACAUAAACUUGAAGGGUAUAGAAAAAAUCGAUUAUAUAACAUACUUGUCCACGUUUGAUCAUUUGUUCGAUAUACCGAGAGAGAGAAAGAACGCAGAAUACAGACGUUACGUAGAGGCGCUGCUAACCUAUUUGACAGAAUAUUUGACAAGAGUAAAACCUUUGCACGAUCUGAGUCUGGAAGUGGAAGAAGCUCACAGGCAAUUCGAAGUUCAGUGGGAAGGCAAUACUUUUCCUGGCUGGCCCAAAGAAACCGGAAGUGCUAUGACCCAUGUCGGCGCUCAUUUGGAGCUAAGCGCUUUCUCUUCGUGGGAAGAAUUGGCUUCCCUCGGUUUGGACAGAUUGAAGUCCGCGUUGAUGGCCCUCGGCCUCAAAUGCGGAGGAACUUUGGAAGAAAGAGCACAACGAUUAUUCAGUACCAAAGGGGAAGCUUCUCUCGAUCCAAAUUUGCUGGCGAAGAGUAAAAAAAGAGGUCACACGAGGAGCAAGGAUAUCGCUAAGCAAAAAGAUAUUGCCAAGCUCGAAGCUCAGGUUUACAAGCUGGCAGAGUUAGUUUCUAGUCAAAGAGUCGCCACGAAGGAAAAUGUGCAACGAAAGCAAGCCAGAACCGAGGGUGAACGCGGGGACUCGGAUGCCGAGGCAAGUGCGAGCGAAUCGGAGGAAGAGGACGACAACGAAGUUCCUUAUAAUCCCAAAAAUUUGCCUCUGGGUUGGGACGGCAAGCCGAUUCCCUACUGGUUGUAUAAACUUCACGGUUUGAACAUCAGUUAUAACUGUGAAAUUUGUGGUAAUUUCACGUACAAAGGACCCAAAGCUUUCCAACGACAUUUUGCCGAAUGGCGACACGCCCAUGGCAUGCGUUGUCUCGGCAUUCCAAACACCGCGCAUUUCGCCAACGUCACACAAAUCGAAGACGCUCUUGCUCUUUGGGAAAAAUUGAAGUCUCAAAAACAAGCCGAGCGAUGGCAGCCCGAACAGGAGGAGGAAUUCGAGGACUCCCUUGGCAACGUCGUCAAUCGAAAAACUUACGAAGAUCUCAAACGUCAGGGUCUUCUUUGAAACUCUUGCAGUGAAAAUGAGUAUUUUAUUCUGUUCGAACAAUUUGGUUGUUUUUUUUUUUUUUUUUUUUUUUUUUUUAAUAAAUUUUGAAAACGAAUAUUCCAGCAUUCCAAAGCAAAAUUUGUCAAAAUUUCUAUCGAAUCAAGUUCCGGCUGGGAUUUGAUGUGGAAAGCAUUCAUUUUCGCUUGUUGACGGAAGUGAGAAAAGAAACUCGUGUAUUUCGAAAACGCUCAUUAUUCGGAACAAUUAAUUCUUAUCACAGUUAUGUUCAUUAUAUUUAUACGGUAAUGACAAUAUAAAUUGAAUUUACACACAAAA